GAAAAGCCAUUUUGUUAUGCUAGCAUGCUAAACAGUAAAACAGCUACCAAAAACACGAGUCUGUUAUAUCAGCGCUAGCCAUGUCGCUUUUAUAUUUUUGUUCACUUUCGUAUCAUUCACUAAUUAAACGGGUUAAAACUUGUAAUUAGUCCUCAAUGAUAUGGAUUAGCUAAAGUGUUGCUAAUGGGACAAAAACUGGUCUCCGAAGUGUGUUGCAGUUUUAGAUAACACACUGUUAGCAAGCUGUUUACUUAGCAGUCGGUAGUUAUUUUUUUCUUAUUAUUAACUAACCUUAGUAGGUCUCGUGUUUGUCAGUGCUUUCGGUUUUAAAAUAGAUUGCGAGUUUCUUUCAUUUAAAGACGUUUAGUUAAUCGGCGAGAGACGCAGCGAACACGGGAGACGCAACAAACGGUAAACUUAACAAAACACUAUUCUGCGUUAAGCCUAAUCUGAUGAUGGGAGAGGACACUCGACAGAAGAGGGCCAGCUUCUCGGCUCUGACGGGACACGGAACCAACGGGAUGGCCAGGACGUCCAGCAAAACCGGCGGCUCCAAGAAAAUAGUGAUAAAAAAUUUUAAAGACAGGCCAAGGCUAGCUGAGAACUACACAGAGGACACGUGGCUGAAGCUUCGGGACGCAGUGGGCGCCAUCCAGAACAGCACCUCUAUCAAGUACAAUCUGGAAGAGCUCUAUCAGGCGGUGGAGAACCUGUGUUCGUACAAAGUCUCCCCGACGCUGUACAAGCAGCUGCGUCAAGUCUGUGAGGAUCACGUUCAGGCCCAGAUCCACCAGUUCAGAGAAGAGUCUCUGGAUAAUCUUUCCUUCCUAAAGCGAAUGAAUCGCUGCUGGCAGGACCACUGCAGACAAACUAUAAUGAUCCGGAGUAUCUUUCUCUUCCUGGAUCGUACCUAUGUGCUUCAGAACUCCCUGCUCCCUUCCAUCUGGGACGCCGGGUUGGAACUGUUUCGCACCCACAUUGUGAGCGACGGCGCCGUCCAGAAACGAACAGUGGAAGGCAUUUUGGAGCAGAUAGAACUGGAGAGGAACGGAGAGACAAUUGAUCGCAGUCUGCUCCGCAGUCUGCUUGGCAUGCUGUCAGACCUGCAGGUUUAUAAGGACUCCUUUGAGGAGAGAUUUUUGACUGAGACGAAUCGCCUCUACGCAGCGGAAGGACAGCGGCUGAUGCAGGAGAGAGACGUUCCGGAGUAUUUGCACCACGUGGCUCGCCGUUUAGACGAGGAGAACGAUCGAAUCGCAAGCUACCUCGACCAGAGCACUCAGAAGCCUCUCAUUAACUGCAUCGAGAAACAACUUUUAGGAGAACAUAUGACUGCAAUAUUACAAAAAGGUCUGAGCAAUCUGCUGGAUGAGAAUCGUGUCACUGAACUGGCCCUCCUCUACCAGCUCUUCAGUAAAGUGAAGGGAGGACUUCCCAUCCUGCUGCAGUUUUGGAGGGAUUAUAUCAAGUCGUUCGGUGGAGAGAUUGUUUGCACACCAGAAAAAGAUAAAGACAUGGUUCAAGACCUGCUGGACUUUAAGGACAAGAUGGACAACGUGGUGCAGAGCUGCUUCGCACGGAACGAGGCUUUCAUCAACGCCAUGAAGGAGGCCUUUGAAACUUUUAUCAACAAGAGGCCCAACAAGCCCGCUGAACUCAUUGCUAAAUACGUCGACUCGAAGUUAAGAGCAGGAAACAAAGAGGCGACAGAAGAGGAGCUGGAGAGAAUCCUGGACAAGAUAAUGAUCAUUUUCCGCUUCAUACACGGAAAAGAUGUGUUUGAAGCUUUUUAUAAGAAGGACUUGGCCAAGCGUCUGCUCGUGGGAAAGAGCGCCUCUGUAGAUGCUGAGAAGUCCAUGCUCUCCAAACUCAAACACGAGUGCGGAGCAGCGUUUACUAGUAAGCUGGAGGGGAUGUUUAAGGACAUGGAGCUGUCCAAAGACAUCAUGAUCCAGUUCAAACAGCAUAUGCAAAAUCUAAGUGAGCCGAGCAACAUAGAGCUCACUGUGAACAUCCUCACUAUGGGCUACUGGCCUUCGUACACACCUAUGGAGGUCCACCUGCCCUCAGAGAUGGUGAAACUCCAGGAGGUGUUCAAGCUGUUCUACCUCAGUAAGCACAGUGGGAGGAAGCUGCAGUGGCAGCCCACUCUGGGCCACGCCGUCCUCAAGGCAGAGUUUAAAGAGGGGAAGAAGGAGGUACAGGUUUCCCUGUUCCAGACGCUGGUGCUGCUCAUGUUUAACGAGGGAGAAGAAUUCAGCGUGGAGGAGAUCGGCGCCGCCACCGGAAUAGAGGAGGGAGAGCUCAGACGCACUCUGCAGUCCCUGGCUUGUGGGAAAGCCCGUGUCCUCAACAAGAACCCUCGAGGGAAAGAUGUGGAAGACGGAGACCGAUUCAACUUCAACAACGAUUUUAAACACAAGCUGUUCCGCAUCAAGAUCAACCAAAUUCAAAUGAAGGAAACGGUAGAGGAGCAGGUAAGCACGACGGAGCGUGUGUUUCAGGACAGGCAGUAUCAGAUCGAUGCGGCUGUUGUUCGCAUCAUGAAAAUGAGGAAGACCCUGAGCCACAACUUGUUGGUGUCGGAGCUCUACAACCAGCUGAAGUUUCCCGUCAAGCCGGGCGACCUGAAGAAGCGCAUCGAGUCGCUCAUAGACAGAGACUACAUGGAGCGUGACAAGGAGACUCCAAACCAGUAUCACUAUGUUGCCUGAGGGAAAGCUGCUGCCACUGCCGUGCUUUUCUCACUGCAGGCUCACAGCUGGACCCCUCCCCAACACAGCCCCUCCGCCACCCGCUCCAGUUCGCAGCAUCUGGAUGGUCCAGAGCGAUGGAGAGACUCGGCUGUGCUGUUCCCCAUUCUUCUACAUCCUCACAGGGACUCUGAAACCGGGCUGUACGAGCAGUUCUGGUCGUUAAUGAUCGGACUUACAAAUCUGCAGCUAAAAUUAACGGGCACUUUUUAUCCCCCUCUUCGUUUCGUUUACUUUGGAUUUGCUUUCCUUCCUUCCCAUUAAUCUAAAUCACCUUUUGUCUACCACAGUCUGUUUCCACCAGUUUUCAGGUUUCUUGUUAGUGUUUUGUUUUUGUUUGAGAUGUUUUCUCUUCUUCUUCUUUUUUUUAAAUGGCUGCUUUAGCUUCUGACUGGACUGGUUGCCUGACUGGGUAGAGAAGCAGCUGUUUGAGGAGGCGAGGCUAGCCACGCGGGGUGUAACUUUUGCUAUCUUUGUAUGUUUUGACCAAAUGUCCGACGUCAUGUUUUUGUAGACUGGAUUGUAUUCUGUCAGAGUGCGAAGUGAACUUGAAUAAAAUGAAUAUUUAAUGAUUUA